AUGCGGCUGGGGGUAAACAGCAGGAUCACAGGCCGGAAACGCGAGCCGAGAAUAUGGUCUUUUCUUGGGGAACCCACCAACCAACGUGCGCCCGUGCCCCAGAGCCGCAGCCCUGGCACUUUACCUGGCAAAACGGAGCCAGGGAAUCGGUCCCAGGCGUACCCAGGACCCCGCAGCAGCGCUCCCGGCCUCCCGGCCUCCCGGCCCGCACCUACGCCCCGCGCCGCGCCGGGCCAGCGGGGUGGUCGACCAGGGCGAAAUGCACCCACGAGGGGAGGGGCUGUCGCCGCCAAGGACAGAGCAGGUGGCCGCAGGGGCGUGGGAAAGGCCCGGUGGGAAAGGCCCGGUCAGGAUACCCCUCGGUGGGGCCCCGGGCCGCGGCCAACCCCAAACCCUGGCCGCGCCCCGUGCCGCCCCACCCGGGACCUCCGCCCGUCGGGGCGUCCUCCUUGCCGCCCCCUUCCCCGGGCUGCCCAGAAGACUGCCCCGGUGGCCUCCCCUACCUGUCCUUCGGGUCCUGCCCUAAACGUCAAAACGUCACCUCCUCGGGGAGGCCAGGCGCCCCCCGCCGCCCUCCGCAGGCCAGGUGAGGCUCUCGUACACACGCCCCUCGGCAGCACUGCCCGCCAGGUGAUGGACUGGACCAGGAGUCCGCCUUCGCCUGCAGGCUGGAGCCUCCGCGCCGGCAGGGGCCUGUCGGCCUUUAUUCGGGGAACUUUGCAGAGGGGCCCUGGUAGAUUUCCAUUGCUACCCUAAGGAUGGAUGGAGCCUUAACCCGGCCGUCUGGACCCGACCCGAACGUCUUCACUUUCAGUACAGCAAUUUCAAGAAAGGACUGGAGUCUUUCCCGUUUGUUUGGGGAAUCGUAAAUUCAUUGUUCUGUGGUGGGACCCUGACUGACACAAGGUGUCCAUUAGAAUACUCCUGCCAAAGACAAGGAAAUAAAUGUAAAGACUAAGCAUUUGGGGAGAGGAAGCAUGUCUGACCUCCAGGGAAGUGCUUAUAGAUGGUCCCUGGAAUAACUCCAGGUCAGACAAGCUCAAACUGAGAACUCUAUCUCUGGGUUUUCUGGUAAGUCCUGGAGAAGAAAUCCAGAGGUGAUAAGAAUCAACAUCUUGAAUAUCAUGAUUUUUGACAGCUAUAAAAUAUUCGACAUUUGAGUGAUGAUUUAUUUAGCCAUCCUUCUGUUGUUAGAUUCUCCGCCCCCCAAGUGGCUGUUUUCAUAAUGCUGAAAAAAACAGUCCUAUACAAAACUUUUUAGCCACCUUCCUGGUAAUUGUUUAGGAUAUAUUCCAAUGCUCCAGUAAGUGAGAUUACUGGGUCAAAGAAUAUAACCUAAGACUAUUGCAACAGAAGGCCAAACUUGUUACCUCACAUGUUGUAUCAUUUAUCUGCUAAUAGAGGAAUGGGGGCUUAUUUAACACACCUUUGUCAAGAUCAAAUGCUAUAAUACAAAUUUUUUUUAAUCUUUCCUAUUUUGAUUAAUGAAAAGUGGUAUCUCUCUUUAAACAAUUAGUUUUUCUUUCCUUUUGAAUUACUAGGAAAAUUUUUUUCCCAAGGUUUUACUGGUCAUUUACAUUUCUUUAUGUAUGAAUUAUCUGUUCAUACCUAUUACCAUUUUUCAAUUUUGGUUUAGAACUUUUCUUAUUGAUUUACAUGUGUUUUUCACAUGUUAAGGAUAGUAAUCCCUAGGCUGUCAUAUUCAUGGCAUAUUUUUAUCCCAGUUUAUCAUUUGUCUUUUAAUUUCAUUUACGAUGACUUUUGUUUACCAUUUUUAAAUUUUAAGUAAAUAAAAUCUCUCAAUUUUUUCUUUCAUGACAUUUUUCAUUGAUUUUAUGUUUAGAGAGUCCUCACCAACUUCCAAAACUAUAACUAUUCCCUAGUACUUAAAAUUUUUUAAUGAUUACAUUUCAGAUUAGACCACUAUCUUGAAGGCCUCUUCCAAUUCUAAAAUUUUAAGGGUUUUCUGAGCUUUUCUACAUUGCUAUUUUGAAACACAACCUACAAAAACAGUAGAUAUCACUGUUUUAAAACUUAACAUAUUAUUCAAUACAUCCAAUAGAAUUUCUGUAACCUAUAUGUAAGGUAUGAAAUCUAGUAAUAAAAUGAACAUUGUGUACCUAUCCCUCAACAUAAGAACUAGAAUAUUGCCAAGGGAGCUUGUUAGCAUAUUGAACUUGCAUUCAUAUAAAACCAUGAAUAUUUUCCAUUUGCAAAAAAUCACUAAUCCUCAUUCUUACACUUGUUCUGCUGAUACUUAAAACCAUGUGCAACACAAUGAUUCACAAUCACAAUAUGAGUAGAUCAUGGGGGUGGUAAUACAGCAUGGAGAAUAUAGUCAAUGAUUCUGUAACAUCUUUCUACAUUAAUAGAUAGUAACCGCACUAGAGAGGAUGACAAUUUAAUACUAGGGUAACUGUUGAACCACUGUGUUGUACAUUUGAAACCUACAUACGAUUGUAUACAACUAUACUUCAAUUUUUUUAAAUGUGCAACAUUUUUAUGCC